AUGGUGAACUCGCUGCUGUUCGGGGAGAUGGCCUUGGCCUUCGGCUGCCCGCCGGGCGGCGGCGGCGGGGGCUGCCCGGGCGGCGGCGGCGGGGGCGGCGGCGGCGGCGGGGCCGGGCCGGGGCCGUCGCCGGUCACCGCGGCGCUGCGGGACGACCUAGGCUCCAACAUCCACCUCCUGAAGGGGCUCAACGUGCGCUUCCGCUGCUUCCUGGCCAAGGUGCACGAGCUGGAGCGGCGCAACCGGCUGCUGGAGAAGCAGCUGGAGCAGCAGCAGAGCGAGCGCGAGCGGCGGCUGCGCUACAAGACCUUCUCCCGGGAGCAGGCCGUGCAGACCGGGCCCGAGCUGCUGCGGCCGCCCGCGGCCGGCGGCGGCGGCGCGGCGCUGGGCGCCAACGCCAACACCGUGGCCCUGGGCGGCCUGCCCCCCGGCGGCGGCUCGCACCCGCAGCACUACGGCCGCCUGCCCGGGACCAUCUGGAGCUACACGCAGGUGCGGCGCACGGGCGGCGGCGGCGUGGAGACGGUGCAGGGCCCCGGCGUGUCGUGGGUGCACCCCGACGGCGUGGGCGUGCAGAUCGACACCAUCACCCCCGAGAUCCGCGCGCUCUACAACGUGCUGGCCAAGGUGAAGCGGGAGCGCGACGAGUACAAACGGAGGUGGGAGGAGGAGCUUGCCAAGCGUAUGAACCUUCAGACCAUGGUGGAUACACUGCAGGAGGCAGCACAGGAAGCCGAGGCCAUCCAGGAGGAGAUGAAUGAGAAGAUCGAGCGGCUCAAGGCUGAACUAGUGGUGUUCAAGGGGCUCAUGAGUGACCCCAUGACAGACCUGGAUACAAAGAUCCAAGAAAAGGCCAUGAAGGUGGACAUGGACAUCUGCCGCCGAAUCGAUAUUACGGCCAAGCUGUGCGAUGUCGCACAGCAGCGGAACUCGGAAGACGUGUCCAAGAUCUUCCAGGUGGUCCCCAAAAAGAAAGAACGCAAAGUGGCUUCGGACGAUGACAUCUCUGAGCAGGACGGGGAGGUGAACCGGUUCUCUGACGAUGAGGUCGGCUCCAUGAACAUCACAGAUGAGAUGAAACGCAUGUUUAACCAGCUGCGGGAAACCUUUGAUUUUGAUGAUGACUGUGACAGCCUGACGUGGGAAGAGAAUGAAGACACACUUCUGCUCUGGGAAGACUUCACCAACUGUAACCCGACCAUUGACCUGCAGGGCGAGCAAGAGGAAAACCUGGGCAACCUGAUCCACGAGACUGAGUCCUUCUUCAAGACGAGAGACAAGGAGUAUCAGGAAACCAUAGGGCAGAUUGAGCUGGAGCUGGCCACAGCCAAGAGUGACAUGAACCGGCACCUGCACGAGUACAUGGAGAUGUGCAGCAUGAAGAGAGGCCUAGAUGUGCAGAUGGAGACCUGCCGCCGGCUUAUCAAAGGCUCUGCGGACAGGAAUUCACCGUCGCCUAGCUCUGUGGCCAGCAGUGACUCAGGAAGUACAGAUGAGAUCCAAGAUGAGCUGGAGCGGGAGGCAGAUGUGGAGCCCAUGGUCAGCUGAUGACGGAGGUCCCACACACCUGGUGACGGGCCAUGAGGGCUCCUGGGAGUGGGCUCCAGCCUUCACCACACAGACUGUCCACUGUCCUCCCUCCUCUGGAGGCCCCAAGGGACCGCUGCUUCCUUCCUCCUUCACCUUUCACCACCCACCUCCCAUCAGAGCCCCUUCUCCGUCCACUCACCCACCCACGGAAUGGUGCUGUCAAUUUAUAUUGUUCUCCACAUUACAAAUGCAGACUUCUGUGCGACGAUGCCUGUCACUGUGCCUUCUCCCUUAAGCUGAGCCACUUUGAGCUCCAAAGAAUUAUUCCUAGCAGGUGUUUUUAUACAAAAUUCUAAGUGAGGGUGGGGCCUGGGGGCGUGGCAUCAUAUGGUUUUCUACCCUCCCACCUGCUCCUCUGAUUGGCCAUGAGCUUUGCCCUCCCUUUCUCUGACUGGCUCUGGAGAUGCCCUGCCUUCCUUAGGAAGGAACUGUUUGCUUGCAGACCUGGAUAGGGGCAUCUCCGAUGUUUUUUCACUCACUGAAGAGAGGAAGGUGGUAGGAGGGGAGGGAAGACCAAUUUUUCUUUUCUUUUUUGGAUCUAGUGGCGAAGUAGAGGGACAAGGCACCGUGAGGGGAAGGUGGAGCCUCACUGUGUUUAAACUACUAUGCAAAAAAAAAACAAAACAAAAAAAACCCACAAAAACAAAAACAACCCCCCCACACACACACACAAAAAAAACUAAACUAAAAGCAGCUUGCCUUAUACCAUUGUGGAAGGAAGCCUCUCUCCUUGACCUCUGGUGUCCCCUGGACCUGGGAGGGAGGCUGAUGUUGGGGCGUCUCUCUCACAGCCUUAAGGGUGAGAAGUAGCGGGGGUGGGUGGUCGGCCCAGCUCACCUGACUGCUUGCUUUCUACGGGACCUCUGUGGGGGUGGGUUUGGGCUGAGGGAGUCUUUUAUUGUCCUGAUGACUUGAUGUUCUCCUUUCCCUCUCCAGCCAACCAUGGGGGGUUUAUAGAACAGUAAUUUCUCUGUGAGAAAGUCUGAAGGGGCCAGGUCUGGGACCCAUUUUGUCCAUUGGUCAGUUCUGGCCCACCACCAUCUUGUUUUUCCGCCAUCCCCAAGUUGCCUGCUGCUUGGCCACUGGCAGAGAAGGGGACAUCUGAAAGGGAAAGGGGAGGGAGGGGGGCUGCCGGUGGGCAGGAGGUGGCUUCAGUAGGAGCCCUAAUAAGGACCUUCCUUGCUCUGCUUAUUCUCAACAUCAUCCAUGUAACCAAACAACGGGGAGUUAACCUGAGCCAGUAUCUCCCCAAAGCUUGAGAGGGUCUCAUGAGCCCAUCCACCGAGUCUCUACUAGGUACUGGUUACUGGCCCAGCAAGCAGGCUUUACUUUAAAAAACUUGUUUUUUGUUGUUCUGAUCCUGGGACUUGGACACAGGCCUUGGGCGCUAUCCCUGAGCUUUUUUGCUUAAGACUAGUGCUCUGCCA